AAUGACAGAAGGCAGCGCAUGUGCCACAGAAGAGUGUUCUAGAAACCGGCGAGGGCCUGUGAUCCGCUACUCGCUCGAUUCAUUGUAGCGUCGGCUCUCGGCUGCCUUGUACCAGGAUGACUGCUGUUAAAGCGCUGAACCCGAAGGCUGAGGUAGCCCGGGCCCAGGCAGCCCUUGCCGUGAACAUCAGCGCUGCUCGCGGACUUCAGGACGUGCUGAGAAGCAAUCUGGGCCCAAAGGGGACUAUGAAAAUGCUUGUGUCUGGCGCCGGCGACAUAAAGCUGACCAAAGAUGGCAAUGUCCUGUUGCAUGAGAUGCAAAUUCAGCAUCCGACAGCCUCUUUGAUAGCUAAGGUGGCAACGGCCCAGGAUGACAUCACUGGGGAUGGAACGACCUCCAAUGUGCUUAUAAUUGGGGAGCUUCUGAAGCAAGCAGACCUCUAUGUUUCGGAGGGUCUCCAUCCUCGGAUUAUUGUUGAAGGAUUUGAAGCGGCGAAGGAGAAGGCUUUGGCGGUGCUGGAACAGGUAAAGGUGACCAAGGAGAUGGAUCGAGAGACGCUCAUCAACGUGGCUCGAACUUCCUUGAGAACUAAAGUUCACGCCGAGUUGGCAGACCUCCUAACAGAGGCUGUGGUUGAUGCCGUGCUUGCUAUCCGGAAACCAGACGAACCCAUCGACCUGUACAUGGUGGAGAUUAUGGAAAUGAAACACAAAACGGAGACCGACACAACGCUGAUCAGAGGCUUGGUGUUGGACCAUGGGGCCCGUCAUCCUGACAUGAAGAAGCGUGUAGAAGAUGCCUAUGUGCUGACCUGCAAUGUCUCCUUGGAGUAUGAAAAGACCGAGGUCAACUCUGGCUUCUUCUACAAGAGCGCCGAGGAGAGAGACAAGCUGGUCAAGGCUGAGAGGAAGUUCAUUGAGGAGCGAGUCAACAAGAUCAUAGACCUGAAGAGAAAAGUUUGUGGGGACGGACAGAAGGGAUUUGUUGUGAUUAACCAGAAGGGCAUCGACCCGUUCUCCCUGGAUGCCUUGGCGAAGGAGGGCAUCGUGGCUCUGCGCAGGGCUAAGAGGAGGAACAUGGAAAGGCUCACUUUGGCCUGCGGUGGCAUCGCAAUGAAUUCCGUCGAUGACCUCACACUGGAGUGCUUGGGCCACGCCGGGCUGGUGUACGAGCACACACUGGGAGAGGAGAAAUUCACAUUCAUCGAGAAGUGCAGUAACCCACGCUCAGUGACUCUGCUGGUGAAGGGGCCCAACAAGCACACGCUGACCCAGAUCAAAGAUGCCGUGCGGGACGGCCUGCGCGCUGUCAAGAACGCCAUCGAAGACGGGUGUGUCGUGUCGGGGGCCGGCGCCUUCGAGGUGGCCGUGGCCGACGCUCUGGUGAAGCAUAAACCCAACGUGAAGGGGCGGGCUCAGCUGGGAGUGCAGGCUUUUGCAGAUGCCCUACUGAUCAUUCCCAAGGUUCUGGCACAAAAUUCGGGAUAUGACCCGCAGGAGACCUUAGUGAAGCUUCAGACUGAGCAUAAAGAAUCGGGGCAGCUCGUAGGUGUGGACCUCGGCACAGGGGAACCGAUGAUUGCUGGGGAAGCUGGCAUCUGGGACAAUUACAGUGUGAAGAAACAGCUUCUACAUUCAUGCACGGUCAUCGCAAACAACAUCCUGUUAGUUGAUGAGAUCAUGAGAGCUGGCAUGUCAUCCCUUAAGGGUUCAGCCUGACCUGGCCUUCCGCCUUAGUGUCCGUGGAUAGAUCCUCCAUUCCCAGCACUUUGGAAGUCUUUGGUGUGAAGAGGGUUUUGUUUAUCAGUCAAGGCUACCGGUCCUCCCUACAUCAUUUUGUCCAGGAACAUCUUAGUCGGAUUUAUGGCACUGAACUGUACAGUUAACCCCUUUAUAACCAAUAAAAUGUUUUGCCCUUGAA